AGUAACGCCGAUAGUUUCUUCGCUAACAAAUCAUAGUUGCAUGGCAACUCUAACGGUGCUGUCAAGCUUCAUAAGGUGGCUACGUUCUGCACGUCAUAUUUAGGCACAAGAUAAUUUGAAUAACUUAUUGCUAAAUUGCUUGGCAGAGCUAAUUAGAACAGCUCUUGAAGGUGAGAAGAUUUCUCGGAAGGAAGAUUAAGCCAUUCUUAUACAUGGUUUUCAAGUUCUGCAAAUAAAAUGUCACGUUCUGAAGAAAAUGAAGACAAAGUGAUCCCACUGACAAACCUGGAAAAUGCACAAAAGGAAGAUGAAAAAGCAUUUAGAUAUUCAAGGCGCAAUGGACAUCACACCAUGGCCGCAGCUGCUUCGUCCGUGAAUCUUGGGAUAACUGAGCCAUCAGAGGCUUCGCAAGACAUUACAAAACACUGGAUGCAAUGCUGUGCGGCCAAUGAAAAAGCAAGAUCCCUUUGUUUUGGUGAUGCAACCAGCAGAACUUUAUCAAAAAGCUUAAGUGUUCGAAAAGCAGUCCCGCAAACAUCUUCCAGCCAAUCCAGUUUUGUUUACAAACCAUUCGAUUAUACUCUUCAUGGCUUAACGGAUUUCGAUUCCACUAUGUCUUCUGCGCGAACGUCUAGUUCGCAAUCACAAGAUUUAUUAAGGAAAGAAAAUUAUAGAUUUGAAAGUAGUGCUACAGGCCUAGACGACGACGGUGAUUCCAAUGACAUAUUUUGCUCCACAAUGAAAGACCCCCAGGAUAUUCCAACAUUUUUAUCAGAUGAGUGCGAAAUUGACAGUAUGGAUAGCCCAAAAAAAAAUAAGAAUCCCCAAAACAGACCUGCGAAAUUCACGAUAACUGCUUAUGAGGACAAUGCUAAAGAUCAUUUUUCGGACCUUGAGGUGAACAACUUAAUAGACGGAAAUCACAAAAAAAAUAAUAUUGGAGUAACACUGAAAGCGCAGCAAAAUCGAGUUCAACCUGUGGACAAGGGCUUAUAUGUAAAAGAAUCCGAGAAGGGAAGCGAUCACUUUAUCUGUCAACAGCAUAAAAAGAAUAUAUUGGAACCUGGUGAAUUAUCCGAAGAUGACACCUCCGAAGCGCAGAAGGUUCGAUGUGCUUACAAGACAUCAGAUCUGGAGGAUGGUGAAGUGUCCUGCGAAGGUUUGGAUGUCCCGCAUAACUUGAUUAAGAAAACGUCACUUUGCCAGUUUGAUAAUACUAUUUUUAAAAAGAGAAAUAUAUCGGUGGAUAAGAAACAUGAUCAGGUUGAAUCUGUUGAUUUGGAAGAUGGCGAACUUUUCGGAGAAGAUAAUGAAGUCUCAAGUAAUACUAUUAAAAAAGAGGAUAACAGAAUGCCCUUUUGUCGCUAUCACAUCCGCAACUCCUGCAUUUGGGGCCAAAAUUGUCGGUUUCGCCAUCCAAAUUUGAACAAACUGGGAAAAUAUGUAAUGUUUGAAAAAAAAUGUCUGCCAGUGCCUACAGUGACUUUUCCGCCAGUGUGGUCAACAUGCGUCUUACCAGCUAGGGAUACCUACCCAAUGGCAGUGAUCGAGACAAUGUCGAGGAUGCCUGAGAGCCUAGAUAUAUCGUUCGGCAUGAACAACAUGGAUAACGAUCCCUACUACACACAGAAUGAGCCAGAGGUGGACAAGCGUGCUCCACUUCUUCAAACGCCGACCUUCAGUGAACUAUUAACAGAGCAGAAGCAAUAUCAUAACUCAUUGGCAGGGAAUCGGCCUAUCCGUACCCCUCCGCCCGCUAGAUAUUCUCGGAAUCUGCGAUCUACUGUUCAGGCCAAUAGAUCGUCCUUCUUGACGUGCUUAGAGAAACGAGAUCGUUCUCCAAGACUGCCUAGAUACUCUGCCAGCAAAAAUCCACAACCUCAAAUUUCAUUAAGCAAUAUACGAAGACCUUCCAGCAUAAUUGUACGGCUCGAACGAAAACGACAACGACUUAGCGACAGCACUUUCAGUUCUAGCGACUCCUCUGAGUCUUCUAGCUAUGAAUCCACCACAGAAAGCACAGAUGAUGUUUCAUCUUUCUCCGAAUCUGAUGCACGGGGUGAAAAAAAUAGCUCAUCUUCAUUGGGAAUACCGAUAAAAAACAUGAAACGAAACGAAGAAAAGUUCUCAUCUGAUGCAGUUGCUAAAUUUACCGCAAAACGACCACACUCUCCAAAAUUCAGGAAUCAAAAACAAACUUUUUCAAAGCUGUCGACGAAAACUCCAUUAAGAAAUCCGCCAAAUGUGUUACCCAAUGCACCGAAGAAACCUCACAGCAUAUUGGAGAGCUCUUACAGUAUCAAAAAGAAGCAGGAUCGCCAGAAACGUUUGCUAAUGCAACUGUUGCGCGUAGAGCAGCAAAUAGCGAAGAAGAAGAAGCAUCGAAUGAAAGCAUUUAAAGAGUAAUCUUUUAAAUUUCGAAUCGUUAUUUAAGUUGUCUAAUAAAACCAAAUUAUCAUUCAAAAUGUUAAACGAUGGAUAAAUGAGUGCUUAUGUUUUCGAAGAAGUCGCUAACAAAUCAUGUUGCACAUAUUCG